CAUUAAAAUAUUUUGUACCUGAAUUUUAACUUGAAAUUUUCGAGCACCCGGUUCUUUAGAUGUUCUAGUCUAGUCUUAAUCUUUUAUCUAUGGUUCUAGUAGUCUAGUGUUUAGUUAUUAGAUCUAAUUGUUGAAUUUUUCCGAUUAUAGCGUCAGUGCCAAUUCGCCGAGUAUAUUGCAAAAAAAAGUAUAUUUUUACUCUAUUAUUUCGUGAGUUUUAGAAUGCCAGUUGUGCAAAAUGAACUUUAAAACUGUAGCAGCUCUACUGGACGGUGUGCACACAGAUUUUGUGGUGUCGGUUUUCGAGGACACUAUUUUUAUUGCGGUUACUCAAAAUUCAAAACUAGGAACAUUGUAUUUAGUCAAGCCAGAUUGUUAUUCAUCAGAAGAUCAAGGAUACGACAUUAAAGUGCUAUUUGGCCGAGACGACGAUACGCAAACUUCAAAUAUUGUUAGUUUAAUGCGAGGAUUAAACGUCGAUUGCAAAACAAUUAUUUCUCUUAUGAUAAAUAAUAAUAACUUCAGAACUUUAAGAGCUAUACAACAAGUCUUAUCCUAUUUGAUGUAAAAAGUUAACUUACCAAACAUGCCUCUUUAUGGUCAGGUCAUCAUUGGACCACCUGGCAGUGGAAAAACUACGUAUUGUGAUGAAAUGAGCAAGUACUUACAAGAAAUAGGCAGACGAGUAGCUAUAAUCAAUAUAGAUCCAGCCAAUGACUCAUUGUGUUACAAAGCAGCAAUUGAUAUAUCAGAACUUAUUACUGUUGAAGAUGUUAUGGAUUAUGUAAAUUUAGGACCCAAUGGAGCUUUAAUUUAUUGUAUAGAAUACUUGGAAAAGAGGCUUGAUUGGUUGUUGGAAAAAUUGAGGAAAUUAACUGAUUUUUAUUUAUUUUUUGACUGUCCUGGACAGGUAGAAAUAUACACUCAUCAUAACUCAAUGAAAAAUAUUAUGUCUGCAAUUAAAAAUGAAUUAGAUUUGCGAUUAUGUUGUGUCCAACUCAUUGAUUGUCAUUAUUGCAGUGAUCCAGGUAAAUACAUAUCAGCACUUUUGAUGUGUACAUCUACUAUGUAUCAAAUGGAAUUACCCCAUGUGAAUAUAUUAUCAAAAAUAGAUAUAGCUGUUAAACAUAAGUCUAAGCUAUUAUUUAAUUUGGAUUAUUAUACAGAUGUAUUGAGUCUUGAUCAUUUAUUAGAUGCAUUGCAAAAUGAUCCUCAAACUUCUAGAUAUCAUCGUUUAAAUAAAGCUAUAGUUAGCCUGAUUGAGGGGCAAAAUAUUGUUUCAUUUGUACCACUUAAUGUGAAGGAUAAACGUACAUUAGAAUUAGUGAGAAAAAACAUCGAUAGAGCAAAUGGGUAUAUUUUCAAUCCUGAAGAGAAUCAGAAUGCUGAAAUGUUAAACUCUGUUAUGCAACUGGAUAUCAACGAUUUAACUCUCGACGUUUUAGAAGAUUUACCUAAAUCCAAUUCAUUAGAUGAAAUGAUGUAAAAUUAAACUUUAUUUCCCUCUUGUAAUAAUAUGGUCUUUAUAUAAAUAUAUACUAAAUAAAGCAUUUUUUUUUUU